GCAACAUAAUUGAGAAGCAGUCCUUGGCAAGAGUAGAGAGUCUUUCACUGACCAAAACCUAUGCUUCCAUGGCAGACUGCUAUCUCCCAUAACCCACCACACUCCGAUUCAUAGUCUCCACUCCCCCAAUCUCAUAUGGCCCUUCUCUUCCUUCUUCUCAGACCCAUCCUCCUACUCUCCCUCUUCUAUUUCGCCCCAAUUUCUCAAUCCCAAUCGGCCGCCGGCGAAGAUUUCUCGGAGGAGUUACUUCUGAGGCCCUUGCCGGAUCGGAAAGUGCUCGCCCACUUCCACUUCCAAAGCCGCGCCACUCAUUCCACCUCCAAUGGUCAUCACCACCACCUCUUCCCCAAAGCCGUUUCUCAGCUGGUUCAGAAAUUUCAUGUUAAGGAAAUGGAGUUAUCUUUCACGCAAGGUCGCUGGAACUAUGAUCAGUGGGGUGGGUUCGAUCCCAUAUCAAGCAACAAUGCCAAACCUCCAGGAGUUGAGUUGUGGGCUGUAUUUGAUGUCCGUCAUGAACAGGUGGAUGAUUCCUGGAAGAAUUUGACCCAUGCUCUUUCAGGUCUCUUUUGCGCUUCAAUAAACUUUCUAGAAUCUUCUACAACAUAUUCUGCUCCUGACUGGGGUUUUCGCCCGGAUUCAGGCAGCCUGAGGUAUGGUUCAUUGCCCCGUGAGGCUGUUUGCACUGAGAACCUAACACCCUGGCUGAAGCUCCUUCCUUGUCGAGAUAAAGCUGGGCUAUCUACAUUAAUGGAUAGACCAUCUAUCUACAAGGGGUUUUAUCAUUCACAGCGGUUGCACUUGACAUCAAGUAAAUUUGAACCAGAGGGUGGAGGCUCCGGAAUUGUCCUGGAACAAACACUCACAGUGGUUUUACAGCCUUCUAGUCAGAGAACUGGGAGGAGCUAUUCUCAUGAGACAAAUUUGCAACCCAGCUGGUCCUUGACUUCAAUUUUCGGAAGGAAGGUCAGUGGUAGAUGUGUUCUUGCCAAGUCUUCCAUUGUAUACCUUCAGCUUGAUGGCAGUCUAGUUGCUGAACUGGAUAGUUUGCAGAAAGAAAAUAAGAUAUCUGGUGCUGAUAAAUAUAUAUCUGAAGGUGUUGGGAGAAACGCUUGCUUUGAAGUAUCUGUUAAGCCUGAUAGGGUGUUAGAAGAACUGAAAGGCCUUGAAAAAAAGAACCCAUCUGUUCUAUAUGAAUUUUCUGUUGACAAGUACAAUGAGUCUCGGCCGUUUGAUUUAGGCCUAACUUGGAAGGUUCCUGUAGCUUGGUCCUGUCAGAAAGCACCAUUACAUGUUAGUAGGUUCUUGAUGGGAAGUGGGAAUGAAAGGGGCGCAAUUGCAGUAUCCUUGAGAUCUACAGAAUUGACUGAUGAGCUCUUGCAUACUGAAACGAGUGAAGGCAGGUGCAAAUUGGAAGUAAAAGUUUUUCAGGUCGUGCCUUGGUAUAUCAAGGUUUAUUUUCAUACACUGCAAGUGUAUGUUAAUGAACAACCUCAAGCAGUUUCAGAUGUUGUUGAAAAGAUGCGUGUUUCUCCCUCUAUAGACAAGGUGUCACCUGGGGUUAUGGAGAUGAUUCUGAAAUUCCCAUGUGGAAUGAAAUCAGCCGCAAUAACUUUAGACUUUGAUAAGGGGUUUUUGCAUAUUGAUGAAUAUCCUCCAGAUGCCAAUCAGGGAUUUGAUAUUCCAUCAGCCAUAAUAAGCUUUCCCAACUUCCAUACAAGUAUGCAGUUUUUGAAAGAUGAUUCUACAGAUAAGUCAGCCAUCUUAUCAAAAUUUAAGGAAAACAGCGCUAUUCUGGCGUACACAGAAGUAUUACUGGUACCCUUGACAACUCCCGAUUUUAGCAUGCCAUACAAUGUUAUCACAAUCACAUGUACUGUAUGUGCUUUGUAUUUUGGUUCCUUGCUAAAUGUACUUCGAAGACGGGUUGGUGAGGAGGAAAGAUUGGAGAAGAAAGAGAAGGAACCUGGUCUGCUUCGUCAGCUGCUAUUUAAGCUGUAUGCCAAGAUCAGUGGGAGACCAUUGGAGCCAGUUGAGUCAACAUCCACUUCAUCAUCCUCCAGCCGUUCAAAACUAUGGUUCAUUAUACUAGUGGCUGGAAUUGCUGUCUUUUGGCAAGUUUAUUAUGGAUGAUCUGUCUACGUUAUUGUACAAUAGGUGCCAAUUGGGUCCUUUACUGUACAAUAUCAUCUUCUGAUUUUAGACCCCUAAUUACGCGAGGGGCAGAACUUGGGUGCAGUACCAUGGGUACUAUUCCUUAGGUUUCCCCAAUGUUGACCUGAGACUAAACACUAAACAUCACGCUAGUCAGACCCAUCAGACCCUAAAAACACUCCCUCCCUCACUUAUUUGGUAAGGCUGAGGAAAGUUGUGAUCACUCACGACAUCCCGGCUGCUGCAAAGAUUGUGUAACUUAAAGUGAGACGGUUUUGGUAUAUGUAUUUGUCAGCGGAAGAUGUUCAAGGUAGGAGCGAAAGUGUGUUAAAACUUUAGUUAUCCAUGUCUAUAGCUGUUCAAUAUC